AUGGACCGACACCGAGACACAGCGACAGCGACAGCUACAGCUACGCCAACACCUCCCACUCCCACCAGGGGGCUCAAGCGCACAGCAGACGACUCGUUCGAUGAUGACAAUCGUUUUGCGAAGCGCUUCAACUUACUCAAUCUAGCCAACAACAAUGACAAGCUCUACAUUCCUGUCUCGGCCAGGCCCCAGCUCCAGACCACCCUGACUCGACCACCUCCUACCGAAGAGCACAUGCACGUAGACGACACAAAAGAUCGCGUCUACAUCCACAACCUCGACGACGAAUUAGCCGACAUCGAGUCCGACGAGGAGAAACUCAUCUUCCUUCCCGACAUUGAAAAGAAGCUCAAUGCUAUACCUAGGCACAUUCUACUCGGAGAAAAGAAAGAUUCACAUCAAGAGCUUGUCCUCUACAAUCUGCCUCCGUCAUUAUCUGUGCCCAUCGAGAAAGAUAACGUACGGAAAGCUAUACUCGAGGCUCGUGAGCGUGCCAAAGAGAAGGCAGCAAUUACACCCUCAUUAUCCUUCAGUCCUGCCGACGAUACUCCACCAGAAGACCAAAUAGAGACUGCUCACGGUUACGACUCUCCAGACUAUGGUAUAGACGAAGACACGAACGACAUGGAAGAAGACGAGGACGCCAUGGAUCUAUCAUGA